AUGAAAGAGAAGAUGCCCCUAGCAGACAACGUGGAGCUACUCGUAGCAGAGCCGCCAGUGCCAGCGGCGUCCACAGCGGAGCCGCAACAGUCCACCGUGCGCUACCGCGUGGUGCUCAAGUUCGCGUACUGGCACCUCGGCGCGCUGUGCGGGCUGUACCUGGCGCCCUCUGCCCACCGGGCCACUCUAGUGCUUAACGUGGUCACCUUCCUGGCGGCGGGGCUCGGCACGACGGCGGGCGCGCACCGGCUGUGGUCGCACCGCGCCUACCGCGCCGCCCGCCCGCUGCAGGUGCUGCUCGUGCUCAUGCAGACCCUGGCGUGCCAGCACUGCGUCAUCAACUGGGUCCGCGACCACAGGUUGCACCACAAGUACGUGGACACGGACGCGGACCCGUACAGCGCGCGCCGCGGCCUGUUCUUCUCCCACAUCGGCUGGCUGCUGCUCCGGAAACAUCCCGAGGUCCUCAGGAGGGGGGACAUGAUAGACAUGGCAGAUCUACAACGAAAUCCGGUGCUGCAGUUCCAAAAGAAAUACUAUUAUCCUCUGAACAUUCUACUAGCGUUCAUACUACCAGUAUUAAUACCAGUGGUGUUCUGGGGCGAGUGGUGGAGCCACGCGCACCACGUGCAGCUGCUGUCCCUGAUGGUCGGCUCGCACGUCACGUUCUGCGUCAACAGCCUCGCGCACGCCCGCGGCAACAGGCCCUACGACGCCACCAUCACGCCCGUGCAGAACACGGCCCUGUACCUGCUCACCUAUGGGGAGGGACACCAUAACUAUCACCAUGCUUUCCCCUCCGACUAUCGGCUUUCUGAAUUUGGAAUGAAUCACUUAAAUUAUACGACGGCUUUGAUCGAGUUGCUCGCUCGGAUCGGAUGGGCGUACGACUUGAAACAGGCGAGUCCCGAGAUGGUCGCGAAGCGAGCGCAUAGGACCGGAGAUGGAUCGCGUCCGUGUCCUAUGACAGCGAAGGACGGUCUUGGCGAAGGACGGUUGAAACUUAAAUAA